AUGUACUACUACUUACUAUUCGUUACCUCUGUAUAUGGAGCGAGUUUUUACGGGGAAAGUACACGGUAUCCAAGUACUUCUAGUUAUUAUAAUCAAAAUCAGUUUCCGUAUAAGAACAAUUAUGGUAGCGAUAUAGCUCCCUUCUCUGCUAUAACGAAAUAUCCCUUUAAUACCGGAUAUUCGACGAGCCGUUUUAACUCUCCCGGAACCGGAAAUGUAUUUUUACCGAGUUACACGACACCUCGAUAUGGAAGUGACUAUGGAAAAAGCUACGGCCAGUAUGGUAACAUGGAAAAGAAUUAUGGACCUAUAACUUCGUAUGAAAGGCCGUUUCUAGGCCAAUACAAUAAUGAUUACUGUCAAAAUAGAUCGCCACAGAAUGGUAUAUGGAUUGAUAGUUUGACAGGAAUGUGGUACGGUGUGGAAUUCAUUCAUCAUUUAGCUGGAGAUGCCAGGGUUGACUAUGGAAGGACCUGCAUUGUUAUUCACAUUUCUGAACCUAACGAUAUGCCGUCUACUGAAAGACAGGAGUUACACCACGUGCAGGCCAUCAGGGCUCAGUUUAGACACGAGUACCGGCAUCUUCGGCUUUUGUGGGAUGAGGCCGGACAGACCCUUGAAUAUGCACUCUACUUCCGAAAUGACUCCGCCGGUUAUUGGCAGACGUUUGAUGUACAGAAUGGUACCCUCGCUGCUCGACCAUCAUACCAUCAGUUCACUGGCACAGUGCAGGUGUUAAAAGCUGUCAACGACCACCUGGUACUAAACUUCUGUCAGGAAGCCAAGGCUAAUUCACCUGCGCAGCUAUACUCCGUUCUUUUCUCGAGAGAGCCAGGUCAAAUGGCCCGGUGGGAAGUAGAUGCCGUACACUCCAUGCUCCAGACUAAGCAACUUUCUGUUUCCUCCAGAAGAAUGGUCUGUGGUAAUGGUACAGCUAGACAAAUGUAUGGUGUCAUGUUAUCGAUAUUGUCGUGUUUAUUUGCUUUCGUAACUAUGUGA